AGUGGUGACUAGUCACCACGCCCACUUGGAAAUGCAAUUAUGGCAAGCCUGGCCUGAUGGAACAAGCUAGUGAUGGACACUCAUGCGCUUGUGCUCUUCAAUCGUCUGGGGUGGAGCAAUCCUUACAGGAGUUAGAGUUUGAGCGUGGAAUUUGGUCGGCUGCCUUGGAUGGGGACAUUGUUCGACUGAGAGGGUUGUUGUCUAGUGGAGUGUCUCCCACUGUCCUUGACUCUGCUGGCUACACUGCAUUGCAUUACGCUAGUCGUUGUGGUCACCGUGAAGUGUGUGAGUGUCUACUCUUGUCAGGAGCUGACGUCAACAGCCAGACCCCUGGAGGAGUGACUCCAUUACACAGAGCAGCUUAUUGUGGACACCUCUCUCUGGUAGAAACUUUGUUACAGAACAAGGCAGAUCCUAAACUAAAGGACAGUGAUGGUCGCAAUGCUCUCCACAAGGCUGCACAAGGUGGCCACUAUCGUGUGGCCAAGAUGCUGGUGUCCUCUCUACCUGCUCUCAUCAACACAAGAGACAAACGAGAAUUACUACCAGCAGAAAUAGUCAAGAACUCUAACACACAAUGGACAAAAUUACUCACUGAGCACAUUAGCUAAAGCAUCUAGCUGUGUAUACCAAUGUAAUCGUUUAGUCAUUGUUUAGGUUGAGUUAUUACUGUUCCAAA